UUCUGUCCACCCAGCUGUAUUGAACUAUCGCUGCCGUUCAACUGGAUUUAUUCUUCGGGGUUGAGAUAAUUUGAUGACACUUAAGUUGGAGUUGUUAUUUAAAAUUCUAGCGACACGUAAGACUAGUUUUAACAGUGAAUUUCGUCGAAGCCUGAAUUUGAAUCUUCUCUAAAUAUUGCUGUAGCCGUAUUACCAUUACUGAAGAAAAUCCUUUAAACAGCUAACAUAUAUUCAUUGCAAGAUGUUGAUGAGAAGGUUAACCAUGCAAAGGAAAAGUGCAAAAAUGGUUUUGAUUGGAAUCUUAAUUUUAACCACCAUCUGCAUGAUUAAUAUUCAAACAAAAGAGAAUGUUGAACAGUACAACAGGCUGGAGCUCACGCAGGAGGAUGACGAUAAAAUCAACUGCACGAGAAUUAUUGAGGGCAAUGCUGAUGAGAUUGAGCAGGCUAAGCUUCAGGUGAUCACAGUUAAUUAUAAAAACAAACACAGACCAAAAGUUGAUCAAUAUUAUAUUGAUCUUACCAGAAACUGUGGGGACUUCAGAAAGGUCCGCAAAUACUUAACAUUUCCUCUCAGUGAAGAAGAAAAAGAAUUUCCCAUUGCAUAUUCAUUAGUUGUUCACCACAAAACUGAUACAUUUGAAAGGCUUUUAAGGUCCAUAUACACACCUCAGAAUUUUUACUGUGUCCACGUUGACAAAAAAUCCCCAGAGUCCUUCUUGGCCGCUGUGAGAGGAAUUGCAGCUUGCUUUGAGAAUGUUUUUGUUGCCAGUCAGCUAGAAAGUGUUGUUUAUGCAAGCUGGAGCAGGGUACAGGCAGAUAUCAACUGCAUGAAAGACCUUCAGAGAAGGAGUUUAACGUGGAAGUACUUUAUCAACCUCUGCGGCCUGGAUUUCCCUAUUAAAACCAACCUGGAAAUAGUUAAAAUACUGAAGGGGCUGAAUGGGAGAAACAGCAUGGAAACUGAAACAAUGCCACCUCAUAAAGAGACAAGAUGGAGGAAACAUUAUGAAGUUGCUGAUGGUACAAUGAAAAAAAAAAACACUGACAAGGCUCCUCCACCAAUUGAAACUCCAGUGUUUGCAGGUGGAGCCUACAUAGUGGUUAGCAGGAGCUUCAUUGAACACAUAUUGAAAGACCAGAAAAUACUUAAAUUCAUGGACUGGGCUAAUGACACCUAUAGUCCUGAUGAGUUCUUAUGGGCAACGCUGCAAAGAACUCCUGGUGUCCCUGGCUUUAUUCCAGUCAAUUCAAAGUAUGAUGUCUCCGACAUGAACUCUGUGUCAAGGUUUGUUAAAUGGAGCUAUCAUGAAGGAAGCAUGUCCAAAGGAGCCAUGUACCCCCCAUGCACUGGCGUGCAUGUAAGAUCAGUAUGUGUGUAUGGAGCAGGGGAUUUGAACCAUAUGCUGAAACAACAUCAUUUAUUUGCAAAUAAAUUUGAUACAGAUGUGGACCCAAUUGCCAUUCAGUGCUUGGAAGAACAUUUAAGACAUACAGCUAUUGUUGAAGCUACUAAACGUUAAAGAAGUCUCAUAGGGCUGAUUUUCAAAGCAUUUUACUCCAGUAUAAAUCAGUCAAUUUUUUCAAAAGACAAAAACAAAACAAAACAAAAAAAUCAAUUUAGAGGAAUAAGAAAUAAACUUAAUUCAGUUGCCUUAAAAUAAAUACCCGAUGUGAUGUUUUUAACAGGUGCUUUUCUGCUUUGAGGAAAUUGAGCAAUUUACUCUUUGGAGUUAAAAUGUUUUGAAAAUCUGCCACAUUGUUUUUAAGAGUUAUUACCCUUAUUUAAAAUCAUCAACUAUCAUGUUUUAAUAACCAUUUGCUGAUCAUGUCAAUGCAUAAACUAACAUACCAACAUACAUGUCAUGGCCCCAGGGACAUUGAUAAAAAGCUUUAAUAAACCAUCCGUGAACACAAAAACAGAAUACCUUUGACAAGUGGAAUGUAGAAUUAGAAUUUAAUUCUAGCCUGGGCACUGGCAAUAAUAGUCUCCUCAUAGAGAAAAUUGCAACACCACUGAGCUCCAGUAAAGGCUUAACUACAGUGAUCAGAUCAGCUUUAUUAAUUUUAUGAGGUGGUUUUAAAGAGCACCUUGAUAUGGAGGGCAGGAUUUUCAAAAAACAGUGUUAUUGUAUCAAACUCGUGAUAUAGUAACGAAAGCGAUUGAGUUGAUGAGGUUGUUAAUGAACGCAUUUCUCGUUAAAAAGCUUAAUUGUCACAGGUCACGUACAUAACUUCCUGUCUCAAUGGCUAAAUAAGGGGAACUUGUUAAUGAAAGUGUGUUAACGAGAGAAAAAAAGAAUGGAAGCAUAAUUCGCAGUUAUGGAAACUACUAGUGAGACGGCUCUCUCACCUGUGAGCAGCAACCAAAUGGAAAUGAAAUAAAAAAAAUAAUGAGAAUAUCUACUUUGUGUAUAAUUUGUAAAUUUCAUUUAAAAUUGUGAAUUUUGUUAUGCAAAAUGUGCAUUUAUUUAGAUAAAUUCAGAUA